GUAUUUAUCACGGGUCAGCAGGUUCCGAGAUCCAUCACAUAGAUGGGCAAGUCAAAAUAGUUGAUCAUGUCGGAAAAGGUGUGGGUUCGACGACUUAAGUCAUCGCCCUCAUUGUCCAGAGGCCACGCGUCCGUUCAAGGUACAAGGAGCCAUUGCUUGAGUGGCGUUGGAGGAGUGCUGAGCGCUGAGCAGCUGCUUAGCCUAGAGAGUUUUCAGUGUUCCGAGAAACAAGAACAGUCCAUAACGUCACGGUCAGGGGCAGACGUAGCUCUGAAAGACGCAGCACAGGUGUGAAACGUUCUUGAUGGCCCGGAUACAAGGAGCAUUAUGGACAGGUGUCGGGAUCAGCGCCAGGAACCGAAGUGGGAUCGUUGCAGGAUUAUUGCCGCAACAGCAAACCAAGUACUCCCAGUUCCGCACGGUCCGGCCAACGGUGUGGUCUAGAUGGACGCGCAGGAUAAUAUGUCAUCCGGAGCUCGCGCAUUUUCUUUGCAAAGUACCAAGAGUCUCCCAAGUCGAU